CAAUGUUCCAUUGAUCUUUUCCACUACCAGAGAAUCAAGGACCAAGUUGGCAACUUCUUCACGCGUUGAACAGCGAUGAAAUUUAUAUAUUUUAAUGCUUUUAUGAUCGGCACAAUCCAUGUGUUUGGAAAUAGACCCUAGCUGCAUUGUGAACUCCUCCUUGUCCUUCUCCAUUUCCAACGUCACACCGACUCUCGAUCUGCUUAGGCCAUGGCCUCCUCUUCCUCUCGUCACAAUUGGACCUUCGACGUCUUCUUGAGUUUCAGAGGCGCCGACACGCGCAAGAACUUCACCGACCACCUUUACUUCGCUUUACAAGAUGCCGGAAUCAAUACCUUCAAAGACGACAACGAGCUCCGACGAGGUGAAGAUCUAACGUCCGAAUUGUUGCAGGCAAUCCAAGGGUCCAGAAUCUCUGUCGUUGUCUUCUCUAGGACCUAUGCUGCAUCCCGGUGGUGUCUGGAGGAACUCGUGAAGAUCAUGGAAUGCCGAAGAACGGUGAGGCAGCUGGUUCUUCCAAUAUUCUACGAUGUCGAUGCGUCGGAUGUACGCAACCAGACGGGAUGUUUUGCAGAAGCAUUUGCGAAACAUGAAGAGCGUUACCUGUUGGACAUAGACAAGGUGCUCAAGUGGAGAAAAGCUCUGAUUGAAGCUGCCAAUUUGUCCGGAUGGGAUCUAAGAAACACUGCAGACGGGCAUGAAGCCAAGUUUAUUAGGAAAAUUGUUGCAGAAAUUUCAAGGGAACUGAACAGCACAUACUUAUUUGUAGCACUCUACCCAGUUGGACUUGAUUCUCGUGUGCAAGACGUAACUUCCUUGUUAUGUGUUGGAGGUGAUGAUGUUCGCAUGGUAGGAAUUUGGGGAAUGAGCGGAAUGGGGAAAACAACCAUUGCUAAAGCCAUUUACAACAAAUUUUAUCAUAGUUUUGAAGGCAAAAGUUUUCUUGCAAAUGUUGGGGUAACUUCCGAGCAACCUGAUGGUUUGGUUCGUGUACAAAAUCAACUUCUUUCUGAUAUCUUGAAGGCAAGCAAGGUAAGGGUACGCAAUAGUGACGAAGGAAUCACUGUUAUACAAGAAAGACUUUGUGGUAGAAGGGUACUUGUCAUAAUUGAUGGUGUGGAUCAGUUGGAGCAACUAAAUGCCCUAGCUAGAAGUCGCAAUUGGUUUGGUUCUGGAAGUAGAAUCAUUAUAACAACUAGAGAUGAACAUUUACUUAAGGGGAUUGGAGUGGAUGGUGUAUAUACAGCUAAAGAAAUGAAUGUCAGUGAAUCUCUUGAGCUUUUCAGCUGGCAUGCCUUUAGGAAUAGUUAUCCCACUGAAAAUUUUAUGGGCCUCUCAAGAAGUGUAGUUGCUUACUCCGGAGGAUUGCCAAUAGCUCUUGAGGUUUUGGGUUCUUUCCUAUUCUCCAGGAGCAUGCUUGAAUGGGAAAGCGCAUUGGAGAAACUGAAAAGGAUCCCUCAUGAUCAAAUUCAAAAGAAGCUUAGAAUAAGCUUUGAUGCACUGGGCGAUAAUACUGUGAAGGAUAUAUUCCUUGAUAUAUCUUGUUUUUUUAUUGGAAUGGACAAAGAACAUGUUGUACAAAUAUUGGAUGGAUGUGGAUUGUUUGCAAAGAUUGGAAUUAGUGUCCUCAUUCAACGGUGUCUUCUUACAGUUGGUCAGAGAAACAAACUUUCGAUGCAUGAUUUACUUCGAGAUAUGGGAAGAGAAAUUGUUCGUGAAAAAUGCCCCAACGAACCUGGGAGAUGGAGUAGAUUAUGGCUGCAUGAGGAAGCAUCUAAUAUAUUGAGAAAGCAAGAGGGAACAGAAGCGGUCGAAGGUCUCACUGUAAAAUCUCCAAGAUUAAGCAGGGUAAAUUUCAGUACAAAAGCAUUUGUAAUAAUGCAGAGGUUGAGAUUACUCCAACUUGAUCAUGCACAACUCACCGGAGACUAUGAAUAUCUAUCCAAAGAGUUAAGGUGGCUUAGCUGGCAUGGACUCCCUCUAAAGUUUAUGCCAAAAAGUUUUUAUCUAGGACACCUUGUUGCAAUGGACUUACGAUACAGCAGUCUCAGACAAGUUUGGAAAGAUCCCAAGCAGGUGUUGGAGAAGUUGAAAAUCCUAAAUCUCGGUCAUUCCCAUUAUCUGACCAAGACCCCUGAAUUUUCAAGCCUGCCCAAUCUUGAGAAAUUAAUACUCAAAGAUUGUACAAGUUUGUAUGAGGUUCACCAAUCUAUUGGAGAUCUCAAUAAUCUUGUUUUGGCAAAUUUGAAAGAUUGCAAAAGCCUAAGAAGUCUGCCAAGGAGUUUCUAUAAGUUGAAGUCUCUACAAACUCUCAUCCUUUCUGGUUGUUCCAGAUUUGAUGCUUUGGCUGAUGACUUGGGGAGUAUGGAGUCCUUGACUACUUUUCUUGCAGAUAACACUGCUAUAAGACAAGUACCAGUUAGUAUAGUGCAUCUGAGGAAUCUUAAACACUUAUCUCUAUGUGGGUGUAAAGUAUCAACCUCCAAGUCAUUGCCUUCACUCUUUUGGUCUUGGAUAUCACCAGGGAGAAGUCCCAAGUCAGUUAAUCUAUUGCCUGCUUCACUACAAGGCUUGAACUCACUAAAAACUUUAUCUCUCCGCUAUUGCAACUUAUCAGAUGAUGCAAUUCCUAAAGAUCUUGGGAGUUUAUCUUCUCUACAAACUUUAGAGCUCGAUGGCAAUAGUUUCAGUAACCUACCACCAACUCUUGGUGGUCUUUUGAAGCUUCAAAGCCUCAGUUUGAAUUAUUGCACAAACCUUCAAUCACUUCCAAAUUUACCAACAAGUUUAAAACAAAUUUAUGCAAUGAACUGCACAGCGAUGGAAAGCAUGCCAAACCUAUCAAAGAUCUCAAAUAUGGAAGCUUUGCAUCUUACUAAUUGCCACAAAUUAGUCGAGAUUCCUGGUUUAGAUAAGCUGUUGAAGUCCUUUCGAGUCAUUCACUUGGAAGGGUGCAACAAUGUAACAAGUACUUUUAAGCAAAGCCUCCUACAGGAAUGGGCUAUGAGUGGAUUUGGUGGCAUUUUUGGCAUGUUUCUCCCAGGCAAUGAUAUUCCUGAUUGGUUCACGUUUAAAGAUGAGGGGUCCUCGAUAUGUUUUGAAGUGCCUUCUAUUACUGACAAGAAUUUGGAAGGAUUGGCUAUAUGCGUCGUUUAUUCAUCAUGUAUUGACCAGAUAGUAUCUCAAGAACUCACAAGCAUUUCAGUUAUCAAUUACACCAAGAAUAUAAUUCAGACCAGUAGGCCGGCGACAAUUGAUGUAGUAAUCUCCGAUGAAGAUCACCUAUGGCAGGGCAAUGUUUCUAAACGUAAGUUCAAUUUGGAGGAGGGAGACCAAGUAGAACUUAUUGCUGAUUUCGGGUCUGGAAUCGAUGUUAAGAAGAUAGGCGUUAGCCCACUGUAUGAUGGAAAAAUAAUUCACUUUGACUCUACAUCAAACGAGGAGGAUGCCAUUGUUGCUGAUGAUGAUCAUCAAGAAAAUGCAUUGUAUGAUCAUGUUGGGAUCAAGCCUAAAAGAGGGUUUCAAGAUGAUACGGCAGAAUCAAGCCAAGGUGGUUGGUUUGAUGAGGAUCGACAACCUAAACGAUUGAAGUGUGAACACGAUGCUGAAAUGAGAACAGAUGAUGAAUAAAGAAACAAAUAAAAACCCA